CGCAGGGUCGGGCCGCCUCUUGGAGCCGGAGCAGCGUGCCUUGCCGCAUCGUGCUGUGUCGAACCGGGAACCACCGGAGCUGGAACUGGUCCCGGUGUCGGUCCCGCGGCCGCGCCCGCCGCUGCUGGGGGAGGCGGCGCCCGCUCCGCGCCCCCGCGCCCCGCCCGCCCCCGGCAGCAGCGGCGGCAGCAGCCUCAGCACCUCUGGCAGCUCGGGCAGCAGCUCCAGCGGCAGCAGCAGUAUGGACCUCUCCUUCAUGGCCGCGCAGGCUUUCUGUUGGAUGCCCAGAAGUAUUUUGCAUGGGUAAAUGAUUUUCUGGAAGUCAUCACAGAAUGAUUCUUUCCCAGUGGAUUUGCAUUAUGAUGAAGCUUCCUGUUAUGGGGGGAGCCUUUAUGGACUCACCAAAUGAGGACUUCAGUACAGAGUACUCUUUGUUUAACUCAUCAGCCAACGUCCAUGCAGCUUCUUCCAUGCAGAAUCCACCAGAAGAAACAUCCCGGUCUUCAAACGAUGCCAUAUUGUUAUGGAUUGCAAUAAUAGCAACAAUUGGAAAUAUUGUGGUUGUGGGAGUGGUGUAUGCCUUCACCUUCUAGGAUGCUUGUCACUCCAAACACUGGAAGAGAGGAUAACUGCAGCAGUAUUUGUCAUGUGUUUGUAUGUAUGUGUGUAUAUAUACAUGUAUAUCUAUAUAAAUACAUAUAGGUAGGGACUUUGAGUAAGUACUGCCACAAUCACAGAAAAGAAAUGCAAGCUAAUCAUUAUGAAUCUUGAUUGCUGAAAGUUUGGAUGUUAUGGCAAACUAUAUGGAGGUGAGAGCUCUAAGGGAGAACAACGCCAACACAAGAUUUGUAUGGAAAUGUAAUGAAAGGCAGACCAUUGUACUUAUAGUGGAUACAAAAAGGAAGUGAGAUUUAUACAGGAAGUGCUUAUUUUCUACUGUUGAGAAUUUUCUAGACGCUUUUCUGGGUUUUGUCAGAUUUUUGUGCAUUUUUUUUACUGUGGCAUAACAUUGUAUGUAAUUGUUCUACGUCAUAGUAGCUAAACAUGUUAGGUUUCCAGGUGGCAUAGGCUCAGUUCUGAUACAGUACAUGUUCAUUGUGUGUGCAUUCUAGCACUUGCAUAUGCUAAGCUGUGUUCAAAAUCAUGAGACUUAACACUAAGAGAGGCAGAUGCAUGCUACUUAUACUUGCCUUCCAGUAUCAAUGACUGGAUAUGAUAAUCUAGGAAUUGAUGCUCCACCUGUCUGCUGGUUGCAGGAGGCACAAAGUGUGUGUGGAAUAGAGCAGCACAAGCCCCUAUUUUGAUGUAGAGAUACUGGAUUGCAGUGACAACAGCAGUUUGUAGAUGUUUCAUCCAGGAGCCAAAGGACAAAUAUCAUGCUUUCAAGCUUCAUUAUUUCAUCAUAAUCCAGGUUUUCCACAGAGCACAUUCUUUCACAAGCAUAUAGUUGUAGCAAAUGAACGUGGGGGAACUGUGAAGCCUAAUUAACAGUGAGUAAUGUCUUACGAACAAAGUUGAAUUGAAAGAAAUAAUGAAAUACUUCUGUGCUCACAAGGGAGUGAGUACAGGAGUCUGAAAUAACACAGAGAGGUAAGAGGUGGCUAGUGAACAAGUACCUCAGUCUUAGUAAGUCUCUGGGUUCUGACUCCUAGAAGUGGCUUUUAUAGAGCCUACUGUAAGUAACAGCUCUGAUCGCUGAAUUUUUUUCUACUGGGGAACAUUUUCAUUGUAUUAUUUCCAUAAGCACUUCCUUUUCAAAACAAGUUGCAGCUGUUCUUGUUUCAGAGAUUACAAAAAUCCUGAGGGGAGAGGAAAAAAACAAAAUCACCUUUGUUGAAAAUCUCCCACUUCUUCCUACAAAAAGAAUAAACCACAAAAAAUAAAACCCCCAAAAUAUUUGAACUUUGAGACAGUGAAAGACAAAUUCUAGCUCCAAAUCUAUAUGUACUGCCUCAUGCAACUACUGUGCUAAUUCCAGAAAGCCUUGUCUGAAGGCACAGAGCCUAUUUUUGACACUUUCCUGCUACUGAGCCUGAGGCUGGACUAAGAAAUUGCAAAUCCAUUGAGAAGUUUGAAUUUUCCUUCUUUUCUCUUUAAACUCAUUUCCCUUCAGGGCUGGUGGAGAGUUACUUGAAUCAAAGCAGCAUGCCCCAAAUUGGUGAUUAGAAUUAGCACUGCGUAUACUUUUUCCUGUCUUUGUGAACUUGCUUUUAAAGAUGUAAACAUGCAAACAACUAGCAAGAGAGAAAAAUAGAAAAAGUUAUCCUAAGGAUGAAAAAUCCAAUGACGACUCAGUUGAGAAACUGAGCAUCUGUGUGUUUAACUAUUUUCCAAUUUGGAGCAAUUCUGUAAAGAUGGUUGAGGACAGAAGAGAUCUGUUCUAAGAAAAAUCUUGAGAAUUAGUGUUAUGGAAGCUUAGCCACACAGAAAAAAAAAAAUAUAUAUAUAUAUAUAUAUA